GGUGAAGGAGGGAGGUAGAGAAGGAGAGAGCGAGAGAGAGCGAGAGAGAGGGAGGGGGGUUGCUUUUCCGAAUGAGAGCUACAAACAAGCCGCUAGAGACAAGAGAAUCCGCUGAAGAUGAGAAAUCCCUGAUAAAAAUACAGCAACACGCUUAGCGUUUCCUCAUGCACCAUUUCAUUAAUCCCGGGUUUGUUUUGGUCUGUCAGAGUCAGAGGCAGAGGCAGAGUCAGAGGCAGCUCGCGCAUGGUUGGCUGUAAACUAGUCUGCUGCUUCACCUCAUAGCAAACCUGAAGACUGGAAACACUCAGUGACACUCCAGCAUGACCGACAGUAUCAUGAGCAAAGCGGCCACAAUGGAGAUCCCUAUCAACAGUAACGGGGACAGCAGGACUCUGGGCGAGGAUGAUGGCCUUGAACAGGCUCAAAAGGUACAGUGGGGCCUAAAUGAGAAGGUAGGGCGUCCCCCAGGCCAAAGGGAUUUGCAGCAGGUAAUGGUAUCCGGGCCUAACCUCAAUGAGACCAGCAUUGUAUCAGGUGGCUAUGGAGGCACAGCAGAAGGCAUCAUUCCUACUAGCUCUAUCAAAGGCCCCGCUAUUCACCUCAACACUGACUUUAUGGGCAACAGACGCAUCCCGGUCGAUGGACAAGGAUCCAGCAUGCACCACAGCAACAGUUCGUCCGUGAUGGCAGAGGAGCCCACGAGAGGUGUCGCUGUGGAGAAGUUUGACAUGAUGAAGAAAUGGGGCCUGAACACUUAUAAGUGCACUAAACAGAUGAUCUCGGAGCGAUUCGGCCGUGGCUCUCGCACUGUAGAUCUGGAGCUAGAGGCUCAGAUUGAGGUUCUGCGAGACACCAAGCGCAAGUAUGAGAACGUGCUGCGCCUGGCCCGUGCACUCACUAAUCACUUCUACAGCAUGGUGCAGACACAGCACGCACUCGGAGACACGUUCGCUGACCUCAGCCAGAAAUCUCCGGAGCUGCGGGAUGAAUUUGGCUACAAUGCAGAAACUCAAAAAUUGUUGUGUAAGAACGGAGAGACCCUGCUGGGCGCCAUCAACUUUUUCGUAUCCAGCAUCAAUACACUCGUCAACAAGACCAUGGAGGACACACUCAUGACCAUCAAGAUGUAUGAGAACGCAAGGUUGGAGUUUGACGCUUACAGAGCCGAUUUGGAAGAACUGAACAUGGGACCACGGGACGCUAUGACCGUAGCGCGUAUCGAUGCCGCGCAGCAACAGUAUCAGAUCCAAAAGGACAAAUAUGAGCGACUGCGCAGUGACGUUUCCAUCAAGCUCAAGUUCCUGGAGGAAAACAAGGUGAAAGUGAUGCACAAACAGCUUCUCCUUUUCCACAACGCAAUCUCGGCCUACUUUGCUGGCAAUCAGCAGCAGCUGGAACAGACCCUCAAGCAGUUCAACAUAAAGCUGAAACCUCCCGGAGCCGACAAGCCCUCCUGGUUAGAGGAGCAGUGAAAGUGCUCAUAGUGCCCUCAGUCCUUCUGCAGGUUAUCCAGACAGAGCAGGCAAUAGAAUAACGAGACAGAUGCAGCCUAGCCGCUAUGGCAGCAAGGUAGCGAAAGGCUUACCAUCCUGUAGCUGUUGUAGGAGCCUGGGACCCAAACUGCCUUUUCCCUCCAUACUUUCCUCCUUUUCUUCCUCUGCCUGACUGUCUCUUUGCUGAAAUUGUGUUUGACCUUGAGAAUAAGCACUACUUGUAUCUACUUCACCCUAAAGGCUUAGUGACAACAACUGACCAAAUCCUCCAGGAAAUAAUGUGUCAAUCAGAACUCUAGUAGACUUUCAACUUUUCUCUCUUUCUCUCUCUCUCUCUCUCUCUCUGUGCUAAGUUCUCAACCCAUUGACCACAAAACAACUGUUUUUUUCCCCCAUUACUUUUCUCCACAUGCUACAUUUGGCUUCGGUGCCUGGACUUGUAGAUGACUGAGCACACUUGGUCCUAAUUUUUCAAAAAAAAAUGAAUUACUAGUCAGGUUGUAAAUGGCGUGUCAUUUAUUUCGUGAAUCUCCUGGGAAAUUUGGGACAUGGCAAAGAUGUGUAUGAUUCCAUGAUGCAGAAGGAAAAAAAAAAUUCCCAACUGUCAUAAUAAUUGAUCCAGUUGGUGCUUUUUGCAUGAUUGGAUUCCUGAGUAAGCCAUGUGUCGGUUGUUGAAAAUGAGUCGCAACUUUAUAACUUUUAUGUUAUGCAUGUUAUUUUUUUAGGUUAGAACCACACACCCAUUUUCAUUUUUUUUUUCUUCAAGAAGUGUAUAUGUGUGUGUCCUUCUUCCUAACAGAUUCUGUUGAAAAGAAAGCUGCAGGUGUUUGUAAUCACUGUUGAUUUGCUCUCCAACAAUUCUUAUGAACUCCUAAUCAUCCAAAUUAGACAAGCUAGAAGUAUUGUAUACGGUAAACCAGUAUGACCUGUAUACUGUGAUACGGGAAUGCUGACACUAUACUAUACUGGUUUAAAUAUCACAAACAUUAUUUUUAGGUAUUAUCAAAAGCAAAGAACUAUCUUCUUUAGUGCACAUAAAUCCAUGAACUAUCCAAAUAACUUGAUGUUAUCAUCUAAUUUCAAUAGCUGUGAAAUACGGAGGCUGUAAGCAGACACAGUGAUGUAUGACAUCUAAGUUAGUGGCUUGUACAGUCUUCACAGAAUUCAUUCCCUUACUCCGGUGUGUUUUUCAAUCCUGGUCCUGAAGUUCCCCCACCCUCCACAUUUUAGUCUUUUUCCCACUCUCACUCUAUCUCACAUGAUUUGAGUCAUCAGCUAGGUAACAAGUCUGAACUAGGUUGAACUGGGUGAGUUAGACGAGGGGAAGCUCCAGUACUGCUUGACCCAGAUUAAGAAACACUACCCUGCUCUAAAAUAAUAUUUAUAUUCUUUUACUUUGAGUCUAACAUCCAAAGUUGGGGAAAAAAAAAAAAAAAAAGUGUUCAGUUGUGUUUAGACCAUUUGCAUUCAUUCGUCAUCCAUUCUCAACACUUCCACACUCAACUCCCAGGACAUGUGCCAGUCUGUGGGUGUGUGACACAAGACAGUUGUGAUUAAAUAUUGUGGUAUGUACUAAUUUAUGUAUGUUUUGCUUCUGUUUGUAUAUCUGUUUCUUUAAGUUAACAAUCAAUGAGUAAUCCAGGAAGUAUAGUGUAGUGUAGUCUAUAUGAUUUAUUUUAUAUAUUUGGUUUUGAUUAGAGUUGCCAGUGAUUAACACCGUUAUUAAUCUCUCCAUAACAAACUGUACACUACAGUGUCUGUUAAGUCUUCAGUGGUCAUUCAUUGGUGUUUUUUUUUUUUUUUUUUUUUUUUUUUUUUAUAAAUGAAGCUAACUUUUUGUUUGAAAUCCACAUAUUUCCCACUUGUCUUAUUUAUAAUGUAUUUUAUUUUAUUUUAUUUUUAUUUUUUUUUGCCAAGAUGAACCCACAAAAUUAUAUUUUGCCUUCAUUUAAUAGUCAAAUGCCUCCUAAAAUGCGACACUGUAAAAAUAACACAAAAUAUGAUGCACACUAAGAGGGUUUAUUUAUUAUAUCAGAUUUUCCCACAGUUCAUCAGCCCCUGUCAAUCCAAUAGGCUGAAAUCUAUUUGUCUUUGGGGAUAUUUUAGUUUUAAACAUUGAGAUGGACUAUACAUUUGAGGUAAAUACAGAAAAAAAAAAAAAAAAAAAUCAUGGCCAAACUUUUGAGCACUACUUUGUGAGGUUGAGCCUUCAGAGAAGCAAUACUAAAGAUGUUUCUAAAAAUAUAUUGUAUUUUGAUAUUGGCUGUGCCUCGAUGAAUAUUUUGCAUGGCUUUUCCAAUAACCUCAGUUGUACCUUUCCAUUUAUUGUGGUACGUUCGUGUGUGAGAAACGCCACACACCCGUGAUCAUCUAAUGUAGGAGAAAUAGUGUAUCAAGCACAUGUUAACCAGUCACAUGUUAAAUUGUUUUCUAAAAUUCCUGCUCUCUCUCCUUGCCUACACUUUCCUCACUUUUAUUUUGCUAGAAUAAUGAGUGCAAUGUUUGUGUGUAUGUGGCAAAAGUGUUUUGUACAUCAUCCUUAUUUCUUAGUCCUUAGACAAUUGUCAGGAUAGAUAUAUUGCAAGAAUAAAACAUGAAGGACGGUUGUUGAGAAAUAGUACUACAAUUAUGAUCCAGACCAAAUCCAAUUUCUGCUAUGCUCAAACGUCAUUUUUACAAAAUGACGAUGGCAUUUUUAUUUUCGAUUGAUGCUAUCGGAAGGGUUUAUUACUAAACUGAGUCUCUGCUCAUCCAGAGAGAGUUGUAUGAAGUACAUUGUUGUGUAAAAUUGAUAUUUUAGGCUGCUACACAGGUGAUACAGUAGUGUAUGAAUGAAGUUUGCCUUUAUUCCUAACUCUGACCAAACCCUCUGGAAUAUGAAAAUGAUAUACUAAAACCCACAAGAUAAAAUAUGAAGUGUUUGCAAAAAAAAAACAAAACUGCCUUGUGUAUUUUUUUUUAAUGUACGUUUCCUUGAAUGAUGUUAGAAAAAGUUAAAAGUUCAAAAUGCAAGUUUGUUACACUGCUCUCUGAGAGCUAGCUUUCAGUAGCCACUUACUAUACAUACAGUACAUUGUGGGCUUAUGAUUUUGUAGCAUGAAUGUCACUUGUUGCAAAAACCAAAGUUUCCAGUUGCAGCAGUUCCUGUUUUGGAUUUAACGACGCUCCUAACGACACUACAGCACACUCACUCAUACCACUAGAACUGCAUUAAAGCAUUUUCCAAAACCUAAAAUACCCUACAGCUUAAAAUAUUACUUCAUUUAUAUACAUUUAUGUGGCUAUUUCAUUUAUGUGGAAGGGUAAAUUUCCAUAUCAAACAGAGUUACUCUUAAGACUACCAAAAUACACAGGCACACUGGGUAGAGUUGCAUCUCACAGCUCCCGGGUUUGAUCCUGAGCUUAUUUGGGCUGCUGUCUGUGGAGUUUCUGUGCAUCUUCUUUCCAUCUCCAUGUGGGUUUCCUUCCACCUUCCAAAAAACUCUAUUCUAAAUUGCCCCUGGGUGUGACUAUGAUGUGGACCUGUGCCUGUCCAGGAUGCGUUCCCCCUUCACUCUAAGUGUUCUCAGGAUAGGCUCUGGAAUCCACAGGACCCUGACUAAGAUAAA